CAACAAUCUGCUCGGCGACGCAGCGAUCCAGUCUGCGCGCUUUCUAAUCAUCGCUGCUGCCAACAGUGACGUAACCGAUACGUUUCCUCACGCCCGGCUCGUUGCCGCACGCCGGCGUACCGACAAUGAAGGAGCUACUCGACACGGAUCGGGUCAACUUUCUUGUUUGGAGGUAUCUGCUCGAAUCAAAUUAUCGAGAGACGGCUGCCAAGCUGCAAAAGGAAUGGAGGGUGCAUCAGCCUCACAGGCAGUUUGACUUUGCUGCUCAUGUCAACACAUAUGCCCUCGUGUCACUGCUCAACAAAGGCCUCAUUUACGAAGACUACCAAAGGAAAUUUGCGGCUGCGCAAGAGGCAGCCCGCGAUGUGCCGGCAGCGGCCCAGGAGCCGCCGCGGGGGGUAUUUGGGCCAUUGAAAUUCCAGCCCGAGGUAGUGGACGAAAAUGGGGAGGACGAUGAAGAAUCAGAGCCAGAGCCAGAGGCCGAGGAGAUCGAGAACCCACGAAAGCGGGCGGUCGAGCGGCAGCAUCACCGCGAAUUGUCGCAUGGGUCCCCCGCAAAAAGACAGCGGCUCAGCAACGGCUACGAGAAUGGGGCCGAUUCAGCCACCACGCCAAUGGAAAUCGACCAACCGGCCGAAAACAACCACGCCUAUCCGUCACCGCUCGAAGGCGAACAGGCCGAGUCCCCGCUCCUGCGCACCGAGGGCCCGUCGCGCGGCACGCAGGUCGAAAAGGUGCGAGACCUGACGCAGGACACCGUCUUUCUGCGCCUCAGCCCCGGCGAAUGCCCGGAUGGUAGCGAAAACCCUAUUGUGCUCCUCUGCGAGUGGAACCCCCGCGACCCAACUCUCUUGGCGACCGCCGGCACAGACGCGCUAGCCCGCAUCUGGACGCUGCCCUGUGGGUCCGCCCCGGAUGCGGAUCCUGGUCACGUGGAUCCCGCCGGCCGACCGUUCCUGAGCAUCGUCGAGGACGACCUGCCCAAGAAUGCGGCAGUCUCCGCCAUGGCGUGGAGUUCGAACGGCGAGCUCAUUGCGCUUGGAACCGAGCUAGGAAGCAAAUCGCGCGUGAGCGUCUGCUCUGCCGACGGAACGAGCCUGCAGCGCUUCGACGGCCUCGACACGCCCAUCACGAACCUCUGCUGGAGCCCCAACAGCAACUUCCUUCUCGCCAUCAGCCCGGAUGUGAGCAAGGGGGUGGAUAAUGCCGGUACCCUGAUUCACAUCUCGUCUCCGUCGAUGGUAAACUCGCUGUCGCAUGUCCUAGACCACGACCUGCGUUCCGACAGCCUUGACGCGACAUGGAUCAGCGAGACUGAAUUCCUCCUGUGCGGCGGCAACCUUCUGGUCUCUUUCCGAUGCACGGAGCAGGGCAUCGUUCAGGGCAGGGAGUUCCAAACGGGGAAGGACGAGCGCUUCAGCCUAGUCGAGUUCGAUUGGAGGUCAAAUCUGGUUGCUACUGCCAGUGAUAAGGGCUACAUCGAUAUAUGGGACGAAUCUGGCAAACGUCGUUCGAUUCCGGCUCAUGAUGGCGGCGUUACCAGCCUCAAAUGGCAGCCGCUACAAGGAGAGCCUGCCGAAGACGAGCGGCUGCUUGUAUCCGGAGGUGAGGACGGUGCGAUCCUAAUCUGGAACGUUCGCAGUGCCGAGAACAAGCCGAAGUAUUCCAUCACCAUGCCGCCCCCGCUCGCGGUCAACAACCUCUCAAUGAGCCCAGACGGGGCACUUAUCGCCGUUGCGACGCAUGAUAGGAUUCUCGUCUGGAAGAUUGGCGAUCACAUGUUGCCCAAGGCGAGCUGGGUGCCACAAUCGGGCUGGCAGAGUCCCAGCUCGGGCAGCGACACCGAGGACGCCAUUCCUUGCUUGGGCUGGGAUUGCGAGGGGAAGCGCCUGGUCUACGGGCUGGAGAACAGGCUUGCCGUCAUCAGCGUUCGAGAACACGAGAGGUGAUAAUUACCUGACCAAGAUCGAAACCGAAACACUCACACCGUUUGCCGCGAUGGGCCGGGGAUCCAGCUUUGGUAGACGGCCCCCGGGAGGUGUCUUUGGGUGAACUCAUCCGAGCCGAGGAAGCAAAAACACUCGUCUGUUGGCUCGAUUGCCUCUCGACCAAAGGAAGCUGCAAGCAGCGGAUAUUCGACCACGUAAUACCCGAGGCGGCCGCGUCACUCAAGAUAUCGCCGUCAUUGCCGUAGCAGGAUCCUGACGUCAGCGCCCCUACGAGAGGCCCCCGGGGUUGGGGAUCGCCAUCCAGGUCGGCACCACCCUUCCGAACCACCUUGUCUCAAAAGCAAUGGUUCGAUCUCGGCGAGGAUGCACCGCCGAGAACCUAGGCGGCUGCGCUGGAUAGGUUGCUGCGGAUGGGGUCUCGCGCCCCUCGCGGAAUGCAGGCCGACUGCCCUUGGAUUGGGAAUAUGGAUAUCUGGCAGCCCACCCUGCAUUGCUAUAUCUCGCCGAGCGGAGGGGCGGGAAUGGGCAGGUUCCAUAUGGUUUUGCCGGUCCUCCUUUUUUUGAUUGCCGUAGACGGGUUUUUGACCCAGGGAGACAUGUCCAACAGACAUUUCGCCUUGAUCAGCAGCUUGCGUGUACCAUUGUCACCAGGAUAUAAGCACCUCGUCGCCAUUGUUUUGUCUCGAUCGGGCGUACUUGCGGAAAGAAAUCCCCCCCCCCCCCGGGCGUGGACUACCGAUUUGGUCUGGUGACUGGCGAUUAGGAGUGGAAAAGGUCAGCGUUUGAAUUCGUCUACGAAUCACUUCAAGGAGCUUUUUUUUUUUUUUCCAAUGUUGAGCGGGAAGGUGAAGGGUCAAUGGGCGCGG